GGUGAACAUCGGGAACAUCAAGAGUGGCUCCGCGCUGUCGCUCACGAGGGCGGCCUUGGAGAGCGUCAGCGCGUUGUCCAACGUCUUGAAGGACGCCGAGGCCAAGGCACCCGCUCCGCCGAUCCCCCUGGAUGAGCCCAAGGCGGCCCCUGCGGCCGAGGCCGAGGCCGAGGUGGGGGCCCUUGCGGCCGAGGCGGGGGUAGCCCCUGUGGGGGAUGGCUCCGUCGCCGAUGGCGCGGCCGACGCCGAUGCCGAGGCGCGUGUUGCGGAGGCUCACGCCCUCGAGAAGGAGGCCCAGGAAGCUUCGAAGAUGGCGGCGGAGGCCGCGGCCGUUGCAGCCCAGAAGGUGCGCGCGUUCAAGGCGGCAGCGGCGGCUGCUGUCGCUGCCGCUUCCGCCACCAAGGUCAAGGCCGCGGCCGCGCCAGGGCAGCCAGCGGCGGGCACGACAGCAGCCGCUGAGGAAGCCAAGGCCGCAGCCGAGGGGCGGGGCGCCGAGGGCGCGGCCGAGGCCAAGAACGCAGCUGAGCAGGCUGAGCAGGAGGUCAACUACCAGGUCAAGCACGCAGCCGAGCAGGCCACCGCCAAGGAGACCACGUCCGAGUCGGCCGAGGCCAAGGACGCAGCCGAGGAUGCCACGACCGCAGCCGAGCAGGCCGUCGCGGGGGGCAAGACACCAGCCGAGGAGGCCACGGCAUCCGAGGAGGUCAAGAACGCAGCCGAGGUCAAGAACGCAGCCGAGGAUGGCAAGACCGCAGCCGAGGAUGGCAAGAACGCAGCUGAGGAUGGCAAGAACGCAGCAGUGCAGGCCGCCGCGGAGGCGGAGGCGGAGGCCAAGCACGCAGCCGAGGCCACGGGUGCCACGGCGGCUGAGGCAAAGAACGCAGCCGAGCAGGAGGUCAAGCACGCAGCAGAGCAGGCCACCGCCGAGGGUGCCACGGCGGCCGAGGCCAAGAACGCAGCCGAGGGGGCCGAUGCCGCCGCCGCGCCCGCAGCCGAGGGGGCUACGGCGGCGGCAGAGGCCAAGAACGAGAACGCAGCCGAGGAUGGCAAGAACGCAACAGUGCAGGCAGCCGCGGAGGCGGAGACCAAGCACGCAGCCGAGGCUACGGCGGCCGAGGCUGAGGCCCUCAAGGCCAACAACUACCAGGUCAAGCGCGCAGCCGAGCAGGCCACCGCCGCCGAGGAGACCACGUCGGCGGCCAAGGCCAAGAACGCAGCCGAGCAGCAGAAGGUCACGUACCAGGUCAAGCACGCACCAGCCGCACCAGCCAAGGUGCACCAGCCCCAGGCUAAGAAGGCGCCCGCCGCGGAGGCGGGCAAGAAGGCAACCAAGGCCGCCACGAAG